AACCAUCCAAAAAUUUGUUCAUCCUGUACACAAAAGUACACGAUCCUUGUUAAGUGUUAACCAUCCCCGAACAAAACACAAAAGCACCUGGAAAGAGGCCGGACACUACUCUGUCUUCUUCGACGGCUGACUAUGUCCUUAUCUGCUGCUCUUUCACCGCCGUCACUCUUCUCCAUUCCUCAAUCUCAACCGCCAUUUCCAACCUCUCGAACCUCGCUUCUCUCCCAUCCCUUCCAAAUUUCUCACACGCUCCUCCGGGCUUCCCGAAGAACCUCCAAUUUCUCUCAGGGAGUUGAUAAUUUGGUGGACGAUCGGCGCAAUUGGAACCGCUCAAUUGGCUCCGACUUCGACUUAAUCGGUGGAGAGGAGGAGGAGGACGACGACGACGAAGAUGAAGAUGAGGAAGAGGAUAGAAGUUUGGAUCUAUUGGUUCGGUUCGUUGAGAAUGUUUUCAGGAAAGUAUCGAGGCGAGCCCGGAAGGCUGUGAGAUCGGUUCUUCCUCAAUCUAUCCCUACUAAAUUGGUGGGAUUUUCUGUUAAUGGGGUGCUAAUGCUGGCCUUUUUGUGGGUCUUGAAGGCAUUUCUUGAGGUGAUAUGCACACUUGGAACUGCAGUGUUUCUGAGCAUACUCAUCAUUCGUGGAGUGUGGACUGGCAUCUUAUAUCUGCAAGAUACCCGCACCCACAGACUCGAUCAACUUGAUGAUGAUCAGCACCGUGCCUGGACUGGUGCACAACCUGUCUCUUAUACACAUCUAGAUGUGUAUAAGAGACAGACAAUAGAGUGUUUAGAGGUAGGGAUAGGGACCCUUGUGAGGUUUGGUCCUUAG